GUUCCAACACCACAUGGGAUAAUGUCACGUGACGCAUUGCGGAAGUUUUGUACCCGAGUAGCAAUUUGUUGUCUGUUUUAUGCUCCAAACACACUAGGGCGGAUUUAAAGACGAUUUAACACCCCCCAAAACAUGGACGAAUCUGCUCUAUUACUAGAUGAAAUCUUGCUAGCUUUGAUGGACCAGUUGGAGUUACUGGAGGAAAAACGAGGUCGUCUUAACUCCCUCAUCGAGCAGGGAUGGUUUUUCAUUUCCAAGGCACGAUAUUCAAUGGGAAACAAACAAGUGUCCGCUCUUCAGUAUGCAAGUGAGAUAAAGCCACUGGUUGCUGUUCAUGUAAGACAACUUGGUGAUGACAAUGUCGAGUUCUGCACAGAUUCGCCAAAGCACGACAAUGAGUGUUGUAACGCCAAUGCACUUGUUGAAGACAUUGGUCCCAAAGAGGAAGGUGUCAGAAGAAGAAUCAAACCUACAGAAACAAGCAGUGAAAAGAAGACAGUUGAAGAAUUGAAAAAAAGAAAAUCAUCAAAAGAUCUUCCAGACUCAAAAAGUGAACCGAAUCUUCCGCAAAACCCACUUCAGUGGUUUGGGAUUUUGGUGCCACAAUCCCUGAAACAAGCCCAGUUGUCGUUCAAGCAAGUCAUCGAACUGUCUGCUGAGAUUGCAACUCUCCAGGUGCAAAUUUUAAACACCAGAUGGGAGCUAAAGCGAUGUUUUCAGGAGAAAGUGGAGAAAAAGAGAAAAAAAGAGGACAUAACUGCAUGUUAAAAAUGAAUUUGGGGUCAUUCCAUUUCUUUGUUGUAGAUUGUCUUCAUUGUAAAUGUGUUGUUGUUGAAUGUGCUUAAUAAAAUCGAUGAGUCACACUA